AUGAAUUCCCACGACGAGCCACAUCUCAAUCACACAGCUCCAAUAGAUAACCCCCUCUCUGGGAUAGACCUACAGCAGCUGACAACAAUUGUCGAACGGUUUCAUUGUCGCGUGGGACUGGAAAAUGUUGUUGAUGUGCAGACCCUCCUUAAAGGCGCACAGGUAGCGCAGGACCCAGAUGACUGCCACACGGCGAGACUUUCCACGCGGGAACGAGACGCCCUUGCGAGAGAGAAUUCUCCGUGGUUUUGGCAGUCUAGGGACCUUAGCAUCACCAUCUUAGCAACGGCUUGCGCCGCGAUCACGCAAGGAUGGCAGCAAUCAACGAUUAAUGCCAGCCAUCUUUUUGGAUGGGAGAAAGAGUUGCGCCUUGAAAAUCAGCUUUUGAUUGGAUUGAUGAAUGCGGCCCCGUGGCUUUCGGGGAGCGUUAUAGGAACCUGGUUGAGCGAUCCACUUCAGGAAAGAUUCUUUGGAAGGCGACCUGCGCUUUUCAUUGCUGCUAUAGGUUCCAAAGCCUCGAUUGCACCAGUAUUUGCCGCUGAAGCCGCCCCUGACAAGCAACGUGGGAGGGUAUUGAUGAUGUGGCAACUUUUUGAUGCAUUUGGCAUAUUCUUGGGGUUCGUUUGCAUUUUCCUUGUACGAGAUAGCUGGAGAGCUCUUUUGGCAACGGCGAUAAUUCCGGCUAUCGUUCUUCUUUUCUUGGUUUUCGUAUGUCCCGAGUCGCCGCGCUUCCUUAUUCGACGAGGACGGUAUCCCGAGGCGUAUAUUAGCCUUCGCCGGCUCCGAGGAACAGACAUCCAGGCCGCUAGGGAUCUCUUUUGCAUUCAUGCGCAGCUCCAGGCCGAAACAACGGCGGUAUGGAACAGCAACAAAAGGAAACCAUGGCACGACGGCCAGAUCUACCAGGAAUGGAUCAUGAAAACCCAUUUCUUCAAAAGGAUGUGGUAUCUUUUUCAAAACCCUCGCACUCGGAGAGCUUGUAUGGCGGCUUUUAUUGUGAUGGCAUCACAACAACUCUGUGCGAUCAACGUUUUGGCGUUUUACUCGUCUAGUCUAUUCGACAGUGACAAGAAUCAUUCGUCUGUCAAAUGGUACAAUUUCGAAGGCUUCGGUCUCGCCAAUUUCCUUUUCACUUUUCCGGCCUAUAAGUUCAUUGAUAAUCGCGGACGCCGAUUCCUUCUCCUUAUCUCCUUCGUCGGCAUGACCUUGAGUCUCAUUGUUGUGAGCGGCGUUUUCUACAUCACCGAUCAAAAGAUACGCAUGGGCCUGGUAACAUUUUUCUCCGUCAUUAUUUUUACUUUCUUCUACUCUAUUGGUGCCGGGCCUAUUCCCUUCACUCUCAGUGCGGAGGUAUUCCCCCUGUGCGUACGUGAGGUGGGCAUGAGCUUUAGUGUUAUGAUAAAUUUUCUUGGCCUUGGUCUCUUGGUGCUUUUUGUGCCGAAAUUGGCCAACAUAUUUGGACGCCUCCGCCGCAGGACAAAGGAACAAGCUGCUAACCACAUCCGCGCCUUGAGACCAUUUUCCCAGAAGGCCAACCCUCCUUGGAUGGAAGACAUACAAAUGGAAAACAGAAUGGAACAAGCGUAA